GACAACAGCUUGAACACAAUCACGCGAGUGAGAGGCUCUGCCGAAACCUUGACGACGAGCCGUCAGCGAGCGCUUUCUUGAUUCGACACCGAAUCGAGCGGACUGACCGCAGCAACACGUGCCAUUCAAACGCAGCCGAUUGUAAGAAGCAGAGGCAAUCCAGAAAAGCUUCACCGCUUCGGUCGGUAGCGCUAACGGCAGUGCGGCCAUGACGAGGGACACGCCAGCCGCGGCCUACACACCCCGGCCGCCGCCGCUGGUGCCGCCCGCAUCCGCCGCAUCCGAGGGGCUACUGCCACUCAAGCCCCACCAGCAUGCGCGAAUGGGACAAGGCAGCGGCAGUAGCAGCGGCAGCGGCAGCGGGGGCUGCGCCGCACCCGUGGCGGCAGUAGCCAUGGGCGGCGGCGGCAGUAGCACCCUCAGUGGCGGCGGCGGCGGCGGCGGUCUCAUCAGCACGACUGGGGAUGUGGUGCUGCCGGCGGCUGCGACGAGCCACGUGGCGGCGGCGGUGGGCGUGGCGGGCGCGGCGGACCCGAACGGCCGUUUUGUGUGGGCCACGGACGGCAGCCGGCAGCCGUGGCGGCCUGGCGACGCGCCGCGCGGCGUUGUGGGCUUGCCGGCGGUCAAGCCGUCAUCCUUCGUGUAGAGGAGCCAUCCAGCCAGCAUCUACAUCCGCUGGGAAACAUUUGAAGAAGCCGGAGGCCCGUGCCUGAUUCAUGCUUACUUGGCUUAUGAGCGUGCCGCCCGCGCGUCAUGUGGCCAUAUCGCGCCAUAGGAUUGGUGGGGGUUAGGAAUGAUACGGUAUGUUGCAAUGCGGUACCUGCUGUGUGCCAUUCGCGUCAGCUAGCAUAUUGCUGCUGACGUGCGCCAUCUGAGUGCGGAGGAAUGCUGAGAAACGCAGCGACACGGAGGCGGAGAAGACUGAAGCGGUUACGGCUGCCAGGGGACAUCCACUGGAGCGGUUACGGGUGUCAUUUUGAGUGCGGGGAAACAUGGAGUCACGGAGGGGAGCGGCUAUGUCGUGUGGAAUACGGCUGCCCAGCAGGUCACAACCGCAAAUUGCUGUGUGCCUGCCUGUCGUGACAGAGAGAGCACGUGCGGGGUUAUUCCGUUAUUGAUGUUGAUUCGGUGCGCUGUGCGCGUGUGGUGCAGACUGGCUUGCGGCACUAUUGCCGGUCAAGCAAGAGUUGGCUGAUGGAUCAUUGAGGGUGUAGGGUUUAAAGACGAUUGAUGAGAUGGCGAUUGUCCGAGCGUUUGUGAUGGGAAAUGUUAGCCCAGUACGCAUAUUCAUAGUUGUU